AUGUCUACUGAAGCUGAAACUACUACUAUGAACAGCCAGCCCGAACAGCAGGCUCCUCCAAAAACACAAUCUUCAAAGAAGGAAAAAAAGAAAGAAAAGACAGAUGAAUCUCUCUUGACCAGAUUCAAAGGUGAUGGUAUAAGAUACAAAGCUAAACUAAUUGGCAUUGAUGAUGUCCCAGAGGCACGAGGAGACAAAAUGAGUCAAGAUUCAAUGAUGAAGCUGAAGGGAAUGGCAGUGGCAGCCCGUUCCCAGGGUCAACACAAACAGAAGAUCUGGGUAAACAUCUCACUCUCUGGUAUCAAGAUAAUAGAUGAGAAAACUGGGGUCAUAGAACAUGAGCAUCCAGUGAACAAGAUCUCCUUUAUUGCUCGGGAUGUAACAGACAAUCGUGCUUUUGGCUACAUUUGUGGAGGAGAAGGCCAGCACCAAUUUUUUGCCAUAAAAACAGCACAACAGGCUGAGCCUCUGGUUGUUGAUCUUAAGGACCUCUUCCAAUUAAUAUAUAACAUGAAGAAGAAGGAAGAAGAAGACAAAAAAAAGAGUGAAGAAUCAAGUAAGACUGAGAAUGGUAGCAAAGUGUUACCUCCUGAUUAAGCUGACAUAAUGCAUCUGGGCAUUGAUCAGAUGGACUUGUUUGGGGAUAUGUCAACACCUCCUGAUAUAAGCAGUCCUACAGUAA